AUGUGGCGCCGGCUGCUGCUGGCGGCCGCCGCCCUCGCGUCCGGCGCCGCCUCCGUCGCGCCCGCCUCGUCCUCCGCCUCCGGCGCCGCCCCCGGCCACGGCCCCGGCGCCGCCCCCGCGAUGGCGUGCGAGGAGGCGCGCCUGCGCUGCGGCUACCGGCGCGGCUGCCGCUCGGCGCUGCAGCUCUACCUCAUGCACUGCCCGCCCAACGCGCUGGACCCGGACGCGCCGCAGCCGCGCUGCCCCGACGACUGCCAGCUGGCGCUCGUCGCCCUCACCUCCACGCCCGAGGGCCACCACCUCAUGACGUGCCGGUGCAGCGACGAGGAGUGUUCGGAGACGAAGCGGCGCGUGGAGGUGUGCCGGCCGUGGGUGGAGAACAUGACGCGCACCUCGCGCCUCAGCUGCCGCGCCGCGCAGGCCGUCUGCGACGCCGACCAGCUGUGCUACACGGCGCUCGACUUCUACCACCGCAACUGCCGCGCCAUGUUCGCCGGCCGCCGCUGCUCGCACCGCUGCAACAACUCCAUCUCCAUCCUGCGCCGGCAGGAGAAGGCGGCCAAGCUGUCGGACUGCCGGUGCGACGGUAGCGAGGGCUACGACUGCGAGCGCGUGCGGGUCAACAUGAACCGCCUGUGCUUCCCCGCCAGCGCGGAGCCGCCCCCGCGGGAGCCGGCCGAGCCGCCCCCGCUGCUCCCGCCCACCGCCGCCGCCGCUGCCGCCCCCGGCGCCGCCCCGCUGUCCGCUGCCGCCUGGCUCGCAGCCCUGCUGUGCUGGAGGCUGCUGCCCCUCGCCACCUGACACAGGUCACAAAAGAAACAGACUACAGUCCGGUCGGGCGUUGCGGACACCGGUGGCCUGGACACACACCUACCUCAUGAACGCCGAGCAGUAUUCAUCCAGCGUCUUCUUCCUUCCUCGAUUCCUCAGGUUUGUUCCGUUGCGGAACACUGCGACAAAGUGCUGCGGGACAUUUGCUUUGUUGUGGCCUGAAGAAGCGGCAGGCGUAUACCAAGUACAAGUGAGAAACAAGAGGUUGCUGGCGGGCGUGGUUUGGAAAACUGCUGAAAUGAGAUCGUGAGAGAAUAAUGUACAAAAUUAUAUUUUAUAUACAGAUAUAUACACAAGCUUUAAGCUUUCCCGUGUUCAAAGCACGGGUGCCACAAAUGAAUUUUAUAUAACAAUCUGAUUGCCGAGUGGUUUUCAGAACUCCCAGCUGUUGAUAUCUCUGUGAAAGCCUCAGCACGGCUUAAACUAUUACAUGGUAAGAAGAAACUUUGCAAAAAUUGUAUUCCUAAAUCUGUGAAAUACUCAUAGUACACAGACGCCAAAGAAACUGUCAAACCGGCCUGGGUUCAUUUCAGUAUCUCGCAGCUUGCCAUCACCAAACAAUGUUUUGAGUACAAGGUGCAGGCUCUACGGUACUCGGUUUACAUAAAUAAAGUAGUCUUAUUUUCAGUACGUACACCAAAGGAUAAAUCUCAGUUCAAAAGUAUUGAAAUUGGACUGAUACUUACUAUAAUUUACAUGCAGUAGUUGUGUUGCAGUAUUACAACAUUUCCACGUCGGGAACUACCAUUUUGUAUCAUGAUAGUGUCAUCUAUGUCGUCCACAAAAUGUACUGCUAUGUAAAAGGUAAUACCUAUGGAAUACUGUUGUCUACAUUUAAAUGCCGUUAUAUGUGACAUCGAUGGUGAUAAAAAUAGAUUAGGGGUGCCAACUGUCUCACAAAUAUUCAAUGAGUUAUUCAUUGUCUCUGAUCUCCACAAACUUGGCUACGAUUGGACACGUCACGGAAGUGUAACAUAUGUAUGUAUGUAUUUAUUAUAGAUUAAACGAUGUGACACUUCGAAUCGAAUUGCCUCUUGUACAUUAACGUUUGACCAUACACCUAGAAAAAAUAAAUAAAUGUUUGAUAAUUUUAAAAACGUCA